AGGCCCAGGAAUGGGUAGAUUAUUUUGCGUUCUUAGAAUGUUUUUAUUGCUCUUCACGUCGUCGUUCCCUGAUAAUGACGAUUAUUUCGAGUCCACCGAACGUACGCGUCAAUUAAAACGACCAAUAAUAAUUACACCGACGUCCAAUUACGCGUCGACUAAAAUACUAAAACAGUCGUGCUAUGCAAUAAUAAUAUCCCCUUUAUCUAAUAAUAAUAACACAUUAUUAUUGAAUUAUUAUGUAUUUGUGAUAAAAAUCUAACCGCAGCUGAUUUCUCAAUAAAUUUUUAAUACACCAAAUUCUUGAUAAUAAAUUAUAAUAUUUGUUGCUCGAGUGUUAAGUAGUGCUGUUUUGUGUUCCGAGUCCCCAACCAAUCUAGUACCUACCGAAAGAGUGUUGCGAAGCGAUGGCCAAAACUCAAAAUACUAAGUUGAACUUCCGCCAUUGAACAGCCCGCUAAAUCGGAAACCCCGCUUCGAAUGACACAACAUCCUGACAGGUGUCGGCUGGACGACAAAAGGACAAGUAAGAUUUAUUUAUGUUCAAUGAUUAACGUCUAUAGUAUGGAUGAUGAAACAGAACUCGGAAAGUCGCUGGCUUCAAACCAAGAUUGUUCACCAAACAGCUCAACCAGCUUAUCCAAAUCAGAUGUGAUGUCUGGGAAUCAAAUGAUUGAUAAUUGGUUGGGUUUAAGCGUACAUUGCACAACCUCUAUUGACGAUUUUUGUGAUGGAGAUUUGGAACAACCAGAUACGGAUCCAUCACCAUCAACUUCUGGACUGUCAUACGAUUUAACAGCAUUUCCAAAAACAACAUCAGCAAUGUCUAUGUUUUAUCCACAUUUAAAUGGUUAUGACAUUCAUCCAUUGCUUUUGAAUCAAAAACGACGGAAUCAAAUGGAAUCAUCAUUCAUAGAUCCAUUGAAUUUACCACCACAUCCUCUUAUGCCAGAUGUUCCACGUCAAAUGAUUCAUAAAAAUAAGGCACGUCCAAAAGUAUCUCACAGGAGAUCCGAUUUUACAAAUAUCCAGUCAUCAAAUUUUGAACAACCUUUAAUUGUCGAUACAGAAAAAUAUCAUCGUAAGUCAUUUUAUUGUGUGGCAUGUAGUAAAACGUUUAAAUUCCAAACAUCGUUGUUGCGACAUAAUAACAAGGUUCACAUUAGUAAGUAUCAGUGUCAAUCAUGUCAUCGUGUGUUUUCAAGGCAAGCAUAUCUUGAUGUGCACACAUCUAAACAGGGAAGUUCGUGUUACCUGGGUAAUGGGUAUGCCAUCGCAAAGUCAAAAAAAUAAUUGUUUUCUUUAAGAAGGAUAAAGUUGUUUAACCAAAAAUAAUAUAAUACUUUUAGGAUAGAAUAAGUUAAAAUCUUCACUUGUGAAGUGUGCCUCAGAAACAAAUGAAAAUUUGUUAUGAGUUCACUGUUUAUUGUUUAUAGAUUAUACGUAUUUAAAAAUUAAAUAAUCAUGAAACAUUUAUUCUAGUCAGAGAACAGCCCGUUCUAGUCUGUUCAGUAGUUCAUUCAUAUUGGCAUUAAAAUUUAUUAUUAUUUAUCAUAACUCAGGAAAUAAUUAUAUAUCAAGAAAAAGAAUCUUAAGUUUAAUAUUUAUAACCUACAUGAAACAUAAUGUAUGCUUCAGUCAUUUUACAUAUUUAUGCAUAAAUUUCAAUUGAUAAAUAUAUAAUUCAUCAAAUUAUGCUCUGUAAGGAAUGUUUCAAAAUAUGUUGUAUAUUGCAAUGUUUGUAAGAUUCUUGUUAUACUUUAGGGAAGUUUAGACUGAUUAUUUUUGAAUUUAUAAAACAAAAAUUUUCCAUGUGUGUAGUGUGCUCAUAUAUUUAUUUAUUGUUAUACACUACAUACUUCUCUAUUUUACUUUUAUACGUAUAAAAAUUGGUAAUGAACCAUAAUUGAUAAAACAUUCAUUCCUCGAUACCAAAAUAAGCAAUUAUUAAUACCAAAAAACAUUCAUAAACGAGCUUAUUAUAAUUUCCUAAAAAAGUUAAUAUUUUUACACUGUUGAAAUAAAAAAAUCUUAUUUUUCUACUUUUUAAUUAUUUUUAUUAUUAUUUAUUGUUAAUUAAUCAUUAAGUGUUAAAUACUAAUCAUAACCUGUGAUUUAAAAAGUAAUGUUUGUUAUUCAAAACUGUUAAAAAUUUGUCAUUUAUAUAACUCAUCAAUAGUUAUUAUUGAAUACUAAGAAAAGACAUAAUCAAUUAUAUUUUUAUAUACAUAUUAUAAAAUAAUUAUUAUAAUUUACUACCCAAAAUUAAUUUUUUAUGUAUCCUAAAAUGUGAACCAUACAAUUAUGUUAAAAAUUAUUUUAUAGUUUAUUUAGAAAUAAAUGAAAAUAAAAUAUUUAAUUGUUUUUAUAUUGUUAAUAACUUGGGAAAAUUUUAAAAUUGAUAAUUUUUCAUAUGUUACUUUAAACGUAAUAUUAAAUUAUAUGAUAGUAUAUAACUAUUAUUGUUUUAUUAUUAUUGUGUUAUUAAAU